AACACAAUGCCAUUUUUUCUACAGAGAAUGUUGACCCCACUUAUGGCAGCGGUAGUGGUCUCGAAACAGAAAAAAAAGUUACUCCGCCUCUAUGUGAUAUAACGAAUGUUAACCAGUCGAGAAUCAUGAGGAGUUUCUCGAGCAAUGAUGUCAAUGAAACGAGAAAACAAGAGAAUGUGAUGAGCUCGAACAUGUCAAUUAAUAGAACUGUAUGCCAGGGAACAUCACAACAGAAUUCAGCUGAAUCAGGUUUGAGUCGCGUUAGAAUGCUUGGAAUGCAUACACCCGAUGGAGAUAAAAGAGAGGCAUAUGUUCUAGCGCCAAUUCCAUCAUACCAAAAUUUUACACCCCCAAUUAGUAUCCCUAUAAUGAGACGUGGACAGGUUUCUUCAUCACAACCUCUUGCACAUAAUCCAAAGUACCUUCCGCUACGAGAUUUGAGAAAUGAUUUUGAAAGUUGUUUGUCCACAAGUACUAAGCAGAGUAAGGGUAAAGGCAUAUUAUUGAAUGAGAUUACAGAUUCAAAUAGUUUCGAUAUGCGAUAUGGAAAUUUGAGUUUCAGUAAUGCUACUCCGCAAGAUCAUUCAAAUUGUUCUGAAUCGAUCACAGGUAUACAAAGUCAAGAUAUACUGCCUGAUUUAAACUGUGAUCCGGAUGUUUAUGUGGCAGAUUUUGAAAGUUGUUUGUCCACAAGUACAAAGCAGAAGAAGGGUAAAGGCAUUUUGGUGAACCAUACAACGGAUCCAAGUGUUUACAAUAUGCAGCACGAAAAUUUGAGAGAAAAAUUUGAUACGCCACAACAUCAUUCAAGUUGUCGUCGUAUCCAAAGUCAAGAUCAACUGCCUGAUUUAAAUUUUGCUCCAGAUGAUGAACGUCAAGAAGAUGAAGAUGAUUGUGAAGAGGAUGACGUCAACUGCGAGGACAUUUGCAGUGAAGAUUACUGGGAUAUUGGAGAUUCAACUUAUGAAUGUGAAAAUUGUGGGGCAUAUUUUUGGAACGAAGAAAGUAUCAACAAGCGUUAUAAAAAACAAAGACCAGAGUUCUCUCUGUGUUGCGGUCGUGGAAAGAUAAAGCUACCGAAUCCAACUGAGCCUCCUCAAAUUUUAAAGCAAAUGCUAUUCGGAUCGGGUAAUAAAAGCAACCACUUUCGAGAGCAUAUUAGGAGUUAUAAUUCUAUGUUCUCAUUUACAUCAAUGGGGGGAAAGGUUGAUGUUUCUGUAAAUCAAACAUGAGGACCAAGAACAUUCAAAUUGUCUGGACAGAACUAUCAUCAAAUUGGAAGCUUAUUGCCACCUGAGGGAACCAUCCCAAAGUUUGCGCAAUUAUAUAUCUAUGAUACAGAAAAUGAAGUGCAAAAUAGAAUGCAUAC